UGUCAUUAAUACGCAGCCGUGAACCGUAAUGGGAGAUGAGAAUUUCACAAUUACGGCGAAAUUUCAUUAUUAUUGUGAACCGUUGAUGAAACACACAUAGAAUAACAGCACGUAACGUCAGAUUUGGCUACUUAAAUAUGUGAUGGCAUUGUCCUCUUUCUUCCAUUAUCGGUCAUACACGGAUUUCGCAACCCACGCAUUCCCUGACAUUCCCGAUUUCCAUCUUCGACUCUGUAAAUUUUACCGUGUCCUGGCCAUCGAGAAAAAAAGAUCAACUAAAAUUAAGAACUCAUGCCAUAAAGAACACAACACAGUUAAAAUUCCAUUCUCCCAGUCACUGUGAACCGCGAAAGGUGGGGAACGCGGAUUCCGGGAAACAUGCUGCGAUACCUUGACGUUUACUUACUCAGUCGCAAAUCGACGCGUCUCAGGUGUACGUCCAAGUGUUUAGUAGGUGUCAGCGGUCUCACCCAAAUCGGCGGCGGCGAAUCAGCGAAAUCAUCUCAUUGAUAAGAUAAUCGACUAUUCUCGGCAGUUGCCGACAUAUCUCGUCUUAUUUACGGAUUUUUUAUAUUGAGGGACACAUCCUUUGAGCAACAUGGUUGGAGUGACACAGAAACCUUGGACACCCACGAAAAGGCGAGGUCCGAUUGCCGCCGAAUAUAGCAGCCCAGGGCCAGCCUGUGUAACUUUACCGCCGCUAAUCGGAAAAACAGUUCCAGAUUCUAAACGGGAAAGGGCACCAGCAUUUUCCUUUGGCAGCAGGCACACGACGAAGAAUAAUAGCCCUGGACCUGGCCCUGGACAAUACAAUGUUUCUGGACUUAGUGCAAAAGGAAAGGAUGCCGCACCCGCCUUGUCGCUGCACGGCCGAACGAAAUCGACGAAACAGGAAAUUACACCGGCACCAGGCGAUUACGAUCCGCAGAAGGCGCAAAAAUUAAUUCUGGAUAGUUCGCCGAAAUAUUCCUUUGGUGUUAAGACGCAACUCGAGAAAAUUAGCUGUACACCUGCACCGAGCGACUAUCGCGCUGAAAUCGUAAAUCUCUACUGCAAAGUAGCAGCAGCGUUCACUUUUGGUGUAAAAGCUGUGUCGGAAAGACUGAGUGAUAUUCCUGCUCCAGGUAUUUAUCAUCCCGAGAAAACGAGGCUGGACAGUACGCCGCAGUUCACGUUCGGACUUAGAACAUCGCUCGAUAAACCGAGCGAUACGCCAGCACCCGGAACGUACAGUCCGGAGAAAGUGUACCUGGAGAAGGGUCCGCAAUACAGUUUGACCGGUAAAGGCCGAAUCGAGAAAUGUAACGAAACACCAGCGCCAGGCGCAUAUUGUCCCGAAAAGGUGAGGCUGGAUCCAUCACCACAGUUCAGUUUUGGGCUAAAGCCCGCUGUGGAGAAACCGAGUGAUACACCGGCGCCCGGUAGUUAUAGUCCCGAAAAGGUGAAUCUGAAUAGAGGACCCCAGUACAGCUUAAGCGGCAAGGGACCUACCGAAAAACCCGCCGACACACCAGCGCCUGGAACAUACAGUCCCGAGAAAGUUAAAUUAGAUACUACGCCGCAAUACAGUUUCAGAAUUAGGCCUUCUCUGGAGAAACCUAAUGAUACUCCGGCACCGGGUACUUACAGUCCGGAGAAGGUAAAUUUGGAUAGGGGGCCGCAAUACAGUUUAAUUGGCAAAGGACCUGCCGAGAAGCCCGCGGAUACACCAGCGCCCGGCGCAUAUUCCCCUGAGAAAGUCAGAUUGGAUAAUACGCCGAGAUACAGUUUCGGAAUUAGGCACGCCUCAAACAAAGCCAGCGAUACGCCAGCGCCUGGUACUUAUAGUCCAGAAAAGAUAAAUUUAGAUAAAGGGCCACAAUACAGUUUGACUGGCAAGGGACCCGUUGAAAAACUCGCAGAUACACCAGCACCUGGCACAUACUCGCCCGAGAAAGUAAAAUUGGAUAGUACGCCGCAAUACAGUUUCGGUCUUAGACCCCUUCUGGACAAGCCCAGCGAUACACCAGCACCUGGAACUUAUAGUCCAGAAAAAGUGAAUUUGGAUAAAGGACCGCAGUACAGCUUGACCGGUAAACGAUCUGUCGAGAAACCUGCCGACACACCAGCGCCUGGCGCAUACUCACCUGAGAAGGUGAAAUUGGAUACUACGCCAAAGUACAGCUUCGGAUUUAGAACGUCUCUCGAUAAAUCCAGCGAUACACCAGCGCCUGGUACUUAUAGUCCAGAGAAGAUUAAUUUGGACAAAGGGCCGCAGUAUAGUUUGACUGGCAAAGGGAUCGCACCGAAGCCUGAUGACAUUCCCGCGCCUGGCACGUAUAGUCCUGAGAAAGUAAACUUGGACAAGGGACCGCAAUACAGUUUGACCGGGAGAGGAACACCGGGAAAAUUGAACGACAAUCCAGGCCCCGCUGAUUACAAACCAGAGAAAGCUCUAAAUCUGGAACAUAAACCUUAUUACAGUUUUGGUAAUAGGAAACCUUUGGAUAAACCUAGAGAUACACCAGGUAACGGUGUGUGGAUUAACCCAGCAUUAACAUUGCGCCCUGCCGAUUACACUCCGGAGAAAGUUCUAAAUCUGGAACAUAAAUACUAUUUCAGUUUCGGUAAUAGAAAACCUCUCCAUAAGCCCUGCGAUACACCAGGCCCUGGUAGUUACAAUCCGGAAAAAGCUCAACAUUUGGAACAUAAACCCUAUUUCAGUUUUGGUAACAGAAAGCCCUUGCAUAGGUCUAGCGAUACACCAGCUCCUGGUACGUACAGUCCCGAGAAAGUAAACAUAUCUAAUUCACCGCAAUACAGCUUCGGCGUUAAAACCGAAGUCCACGAGAAGGAUGCUAUACCAGGUCCCGGCGAAUACAAUCCGGAAAAAGCAAUGCUUUUGUUGGAGAAAGCAUUGCGAUUUACUUUUGGCCUCAGACCGCCCAUGAGCAGGCCUGACGACGUUCCAGCGCCUAAUAUAUAUAACAUCCCCUCCGCCCUCGGUACAACCAAGGAGGGUAACAAGAAAGCGGCGCCCGCUUACUCGAUAUCUGGUAGGCAAAAGGUUUUUACGGACGAUCGCGUUCUCGUGCCCGGGCCAGGUGCAUACGAGACCAUCAGACCGGAUGCAAUCAGACCGAAAAGUCCGGCGUACAGCAUAAGCGCCCGUUUCCCGUUGCCCGAUGAUCAUUUGCAGAUCCCAGGACCCGGAGCGCAUUGUCCGGAAAAGGUGCUUCUCGACAUCCCCCCUGCGCAUACAUUUGGCAUCAAGCACUCCACAUAUAUUUGUAAUAUGAAGGAUGCAGUUUAUUAAUUUCAUCAAUUAGUGACAACUACAUACGCACAUAAUGAUUUACUGACUAAGACAUGCUCUCUUGCUUUUUUUAAUUGUCUUACAUUAUUUAGUCAGACCAUGUUCUUUUCUUCUUUAUUUUUCUAUUUGAUUAUUUUAUUAACCAUUACUAAUUUCAUAUAUAAAAGGUAUCAGCGAAGAAUAGGUAAAAUCAAAGUUUAUUUUGUUUAAAAAAAAUCUACUAUACUAUACAACACAAAACAGUUUAAACAUAAAAUUAAAAUUACUGUAAGCAAAUAUUAAAUGCAAUGCAACGUGUGUGUAUAUAUAUAAUGUGAAAAUUUCAAUAUUGUUCCGAAAAUCUAAUAUUUUUCUUCCUUUUAAGUAGCAUUUAAUUCAUUGCAUUUCGACUCGUAUAAAAAAAGCCUUAUAUACAUUAAUAUAAAACUUGUAAGUAUACAUAAUGAGACUUUAAGAUUAAUUUAAUGUAGCGCGGCAAUUCCUAAUCGUUCUUUAAAAACAGUUCUGUAAAAAUAUUUUUGUAGCAUUAAACUAUUAAAACUAUGUUAUUUGACAUCUCUAUGCUUUACAGCACAUAAUAAGUAAAGCAAAAACCGAUAUAGUUAAAGAAAAUCUUGCCAAGAAUGCAAAUGGGAAAGAGCAUAGAGAAGCUCUGUAUAAGUUUAUAAAAUAAAAAACAAUACAUUUAUUGUUACAUAUUUACAUCUUAGUAGAAAAGAGUACAUGAAAAUACUAUAACUUUUCUAAUAUCCUUCAUUUAGCAAAAUACGUUCACUCUUAUACAGUCAUCAUAUAGUGUCUUUAUAAAUGUAAAUUUCACAUGAUGCAAUACCCGGAAAAAUAAAAGAAAUUAAAUCUU